CAACACCACCUCAACUUAUGCAUUGUACAUAGGCUCUUCGUCAGCUCGCCCUGUCCUAUCCUGGUCCCUUCUUCCUUUGAGCACACCGCGCGGACACGUACAUGGCAGUCGAGUGCAGUUCUCGCGCCUUGAGAUGCAUUCGUCUUGCCACCUGUUGCUGAUCGCGCUGACAUUGGAGGAGGACCGACCUUCGACAUAACGCGCAUCAUGGCCGCGGUGCAGAGGACGCGUCCACCUGCUGCGCCGUCGAGCUCGCGCGUGCCCGCAAACUCGUCGCGGCCGCUUCAGCAUCGCGUGCAGGCGCCGUCCGUCGCAGCGAGUUCCUCUGCGCGCUCCAGUCAAGCUCCCUCGUCGUCGUUGUCGUCGUCGUCCGUCACCCUCUUCCUCACCAACCUGCGCCUCCUGGACCUCGACUUACUGCCGGACUGGCCUGGCAUCACGACCGAGACGUUUGCCACCACUGGCUCGAGCGUCCAAGGGCAGAAGCGCAGGAUACACUGUGUCGAAUGGGCGCUCUUCCGCCUCUUUUCCCUCUGGGACCCCGACGAAGCUGCCAACAAACUCAAGCCGUUCUUCCCACCCCUCGACCAGAUACAGUCGCUCAACCUGCGCGCCGCCCUUCUCCGUGCGCUGGAAAAUGUAAAGAAGAAUGGCGUCCUCGGUCGUGACUCGGUCAUCCGCAAGACCAUGCUGGACGAGUGCAAAGGCGAACGGCUCGAGGAGGUUCUGGCUGUCUUUUCCACGGCUGUUCUGAAGCUCGCCACUGCCAACGAGGUAGAAGCGGGCCGCGCAUUUCCCGCCGCUGCCCUCGAGAUGGCCAUCCAAGAACGCGGGUACUCCACCGAUACUACCCAGCUGAGGAUGCUGUCCCUGGUGCACAAGGCCCACAUUCGGCACCUGCUCCAAAGGAAGAACGCAGCUAGGUCACAGUACUCUGACUUUGCCGAUCUCUUGGGCGUCAAAGAGAGGGGCCUGGCCCGCCGGAACGAGAUCCUUCUUGCAAAGCAGAAGCGUGGUGCCGACGACGAAACAGCCCUGUCUGACACUACCCUCGAGGAGAUGCGGCGCAUCGUACGAGGCAACUGGACCGGCAACGAGAAAUGGAUGUCUACGCUGCUGCUCGGCGACGCGGGCGCAGGGCCAAAAUCCGGCUCUGACUUGUUCGCCAUGCCCAUGGAUAGGAUCUGGCGGCGUGUGGAGCAGGGCAGGCUGUCCGAGAUUGAAAAGGACGACGGGGGGCUUCUCGACCAACUAGACGGCCGGGUGAACGCGCUGCGGGAGAGGCUGGGCAGAUGGCAAGACCUACGAGCCAGCACGACCGGACAUCAGGAGGGUCAACCACCAACCGCCUCGCCCUCAAAGCGCCGUGCUCAGUCAGAUAAGAGGAAAGCGACCAAGGGCAUUGACCUCCACUUUGAGCGACACCAGCGUGUUCAGGUCGGCGAUCCAGAGUCUAUUCGCGGAGCGAAUAAUAUCAUCAAGGGCGAGCAGCCUAUACUGGAUGAACACCGCGAUAUCGUGGAUAGCUUGAGGGACGAGCUGAAGCGCAUUCGCGACAAUACCAAUGGCGCAAAGGUCACAAGCUUUUUGGCGAGACCGAGACUGGCGCCGUCGCAUCCAAAUGACGAAGAGGGUGAGGAAGAAGAAGUCUCAGAGAUGAGUGAGUUGGAUGAUGAAAUAGGGGAAGUCACCUCGACAAGAGCAGAGCCACCGAUUGCAAAGCGUGUCCCAGUUAGACCGCAUUUUUCCGGCGACCAUAACCCCAGUCAUGCGACCACAAACGCGGCCUCGAAGCAGCUUGAACCCCCGAUCAAGUCCCUCCACGACUUGUUGGACCACGACGAGGAGCCCAUGGACGCGUCACGGCGGAGGAGUCUGUGGGACUCCUCCCCGCCAUCUAGCCCCUCCCCUUCUAAACGAUCCCCGACGCGACGAGUGAUGGAAUCAAAUUCUGGACAAAGGGUUGAACCUGCUGCUGUACACGGACCAUCGGCCGCGAACGCGCCGGACCAAGAGCCGCCACGGAGUGUGCCUUCGCCCACGCAGCAGCUUGCGGACCGUAUACUUGAAUCCAUGAACAAAGCGUCGCCGUCUCCGACUAAGCGGGCUAAGCCGCGACAUACGCUGUCGCUCGCGCAGCGCACGAGGCUGUCCAUGGCCAGGACAAGUCCUUUUCUUGACGGCGAAGCGGAUGAUCUCGCUCCUGCACCGUCUUCGAAUUCCAACCCGGCGGCGGGGCCUGCGUCACUGGGCCCCGCGCAUGGCACUAAGAAGCCGUCACCUCCCAUCCCCGAAGCCGAUGAGCCAUCUCAGGACCGUGAGCUUGGAAACGAGGACGACCUGGUUGCGCGGACCCGACGUAGCAUGGCUGGACUCGAGAAAGCCAAGCAAAAAGCGCAGAUAGAGCGACGCAGAUCACUGCGCCGGUCCAAGCUGCCGCCACCGCGUCGGGACGGGAGCCUGUUCCCGAAACUGAGCGAGGAGCCCGAGGGUGGCGAUGACACUAUAGCGUUAGCGGAGGAGUUGAUGGGCGAGGAGGACAUGGAGGCGGUCUUCAGGUCGCGACCCAAGAUCAAGGCGAGUCCAAUGGGAAGCCCGACGAAGAUGGAUGACGAGUGGCCAUGAUUUGCAGCAGUAUAAUUCGAUGACUAGCGAGGCAUUUUGCUUGAGCGGCCUACAAUGAGAAAUGAGAUACGUG